UUGCCGUCACUGUGGCAGCAAGGUCGCUGCAGUCGACGGUUUUGGGUGGCGCCGCCGACGCCGUGAAAGGAGGUGUUUCAACCCUGCGGCUACGGCAGCCACGUCAGAAACGCCUACACUUCAGUGCUUGUCCAUAGCAGAUGACGAUGAAACCCAGGAUGUGUGUUUCGAUGAUGGCUACUAUGCCUGGUUUGAAGGAUCAGAUUCGUUGGAGGAUUCGAAGUGCCAAGCCUCCCAUCAGGACCCUCGAGACCUUGACCACGACGGACGCGGCGCUAUCGGCGCUUUCAGUCGUGUCAGUGUUAGGCGAGAAGCAUCUUGACCUUCUGUUGCAUUUAUCGUGGGGCCUACCAGCCCAAGGCCAGACCUUUUUGAGCCUUCUUUGCCAGCUGCCCUUGGAUCUUGGACAAUUGUACCAAACUCUUGCUGCCUUCCGGAGAGGUGUUGAUCCAAGUUCCAACAGUUUCGAGCUGUUGCGCGAGCAAAGAGAUUGCAUGAAGUACUUGGUCGAAGGUGUGACGCAUUGGUUGCGGUAUGCACCCAGUAAAGUCAUGGCUUUCGUGCAAAAGGUGGCAACUGACAUGUUGGAACCAGAUCCAGAGAGAUCUAAGAGCUGCAUCUUGCAAUUGCUGAUCGGUCUCGCGCGCUAUGGUACCAGACACAUCCGGCGUUGCAUGGCCCGCAGCGUGCUCCCGUUGCUGCAAAGCGACUCCCGAGAAGUUGGACUGUCACUCCUGGUGUCUUGCAGGUAUGACCUGGGCCGCUUUGGAACAGACAUUGUGAGUGCUCUUUGUCACUGUGUGAAGGACACAAAGGACCCAGGUGCUUUCUCGCAACUGGAGAUGAUUCUGCGGCAUUCACCUUCUCCUGGAAAGAUCUACCCGCAAGCUUGGGUUUUCUUGAAUUGCUUCAUAAGGCGCGCGCCCAGAUCUCUGAAACCAAAAGUGAGACACCUUUGGCUUCGACUCAGUUCAACUUGGUCCCGGAGAGACAGCCCUGAGGAUGACUAUGAAUAUUAUCCUCGUGGCCCGUUUUGGUUACUGACAUACCCAGCGGAAGCCCAACGAAUUAUACGCGAGCGAAGACGGAAUUGUACGAGAUGUCCCAAAAAGUAUUGCUGCAUUUGCCCUUACUGA